AUGAACUCUGGCAUUGUGUUCCAGAAACCUAUGGAAGACAACGAUGAUUCUAAAAAGGCUACUCUUAGCAACAAAAACACUCAAGUGGUGUCUGCUUCGACAGCUGGGAUCAGAGCUGUUCUAGUCCAAUUUAGUUCACUGUACCUGAGGACACCAGCCAAACUGUUUCGUCCCACUCGUUUUGACUACAUGGCACCAAUACGCAUCUUCUUUGGAGCUCAUUUGAAAGGUAAACCUUACAGCCCAUUUUCCCACUCAAAUCCAGCUCUAUUGUUACGAGCCGUCAAAACCCAUGGUUGGGAGUUGAUACCAAACAAGGUCCUGCCACCAUUGGUAGCCAAUUCUGUGAUGGGAAUUGUACUUUACACAACGUAUUUAUCAUGUUUGCAGUCAUAUACUGACGGUCAAGAGGGCAGAUCGAUAGCAAAUCCAAGACUAGUGGAUGUAUUUCGAGCUGGGUUUCUAGCUGGAGCUGCGCAGUCAUUGGUAGCUGCCCCAAUUGAUGCAAUAUAUGCCCGAUCUAAUGCCUCCGAGAUUAUUGGGGGCAAGAAUGACAACUUAUGGAUUUACGGUCUUCAUAAACUAAAAACUAGUGGUUUUCUGGGGGUAUUUGCUGGCUACUCCUUGAGUCUGGUCAAAGAAAGCACAUCCUUUGCUAUAUAUUUCACAACAUUCGAAGCCAUUAAGAAUAGAGGUUACAGGAUAACCGAGAACACUAUGGAGAGAAUUGAUAGGAUGAAAAAUAGUCUUCUUGGAAGGCCCCAAGGUGACACAGUGAAAACGAAAAGUGAAAAUAUCCUGAGGACGACUUUUAUUCUUUUGGCUGGUGCUAGCGCUGCAUGUUCGUUACUAGCCGUUCAAUACCCAUUUUCUAAAGUUCAGUCAAUACAUUUAGCAAGGUUGGAAGCGUUGGAUAUUUUCAACGAGAACUCCUGGGAUAAGAAAAGUAAAUUCCGUCUAUAUUACCGAUCAUACUUAGAUACAUUCCACCAGUUGGUGAGCUUACAUGAGAAGUCUAAACUAUCUUGGACCCGCUGGUUUUAUAAAGGGUUCGUUAGGAAUGCGUUAACUACCAUUCCAGCAACAUCCGUGGGGCUUCUGGUGUUUGAAAUACUGCGUCAAAAAUUGAGCGAUGAAAUUGAAGAUCGAUUCAGUUGA